AUGCCUCUACUCUAUGCGCUAGCAAUUCUUAGUGUAUGCGUCAAGAUCAGCCAUCAAAAGACGUCCCCAUGUCCGGCGGUGUUUUCGUACGACGAACGCGAUGAUUCCUACGACACCUGGUUUGGCACGAUACGGCUGAAGAGCAAUGUGCCCCUGUUCGGCAUCUUUGUGGACAUCAUUUUCUCCUCGCCCGUGCUCUCGUUUGGGACAUUCCUGCGGCAGCACAACACGGACGAUAAUGUGCACUUCCACAUCAUGGACAAAUCGUACCGCGUGCGGGCGGGCGAAGUCAUUAUCGUGAAAUUCUUCGUGCGUUACGCACCGGACCGACCGGUUCCAUUGCUACGCCAGAUCCGGUUCAAUGGGCAGAACAUUUGUACGGAAACGCGCCAAAAUCCGGUACGCUCCGGUACCCGGCCAGCUGCCACCAACUAUGGCAACCCGCAAGUGGCAACGUCUAGCGAAACUGAGGACAUCAUUGCGGAUGUCUACACACCCGUAGUAGAACCGAUCAAUUCCCACGUAACGCAUCCUCCCGUAGAAUCCCACGUACAGCCCCUGUACUCCUCUAGUUCCUCCAGUUCUUCGCGCGGUAGCAGCACGGUGGCCACCAGAGCUGCCGAUGCGAAGAGUUCCUACAACCAGCCGGCACACACUGGCGAUGUGUAUCCGCCCCGAUUCAGCACGGAGGACCGUGUGGAACACUCGCCAAGCUCGACUGGCAGCGGGGAUGGGAAGGAACUCAACUCGGACCGGCACCGAGUUGCGAAUAGACGCGUCACCCCGACGACCUACCGAUCGUUUGCCGAGGAGCGCACAUGGGAGCAACCAACGCCAAGAUCGCUGCUAUCGGAGGGCUCGAGCUCCGCCAAGCGUGUCUCCAGUGUGCCGCUAAUCGCGGACAAAGGUUUCACCACGCUGGCUGCAACCUCCAGCACAACACCGUCCAACAGUCGGGAUCAGUUCUUUGCCGGAGAUUAUGCCUUUCUGCAGCAGGAUAGUUCGCCCAAGUCCACCCAAACACACUACCUCAACAAAUACGAGGGUGACAUCUGUGGUACGGUUGUGCCGAAGGCAAACCCCCUCGUAACGCACGGCACGGUAUCGGAACGGGGCCAGUUCCCCUGGCACGGAGCACUGUACCGCAGCACGGUGACGGAGCUAAAGUAUCUGUGCGGUGCGACGUUAAUAUCGCGCCGGGCAAGCAUCACCGCAGCACACUGUGUGACGCUGGAGAAAAGCACCAAGCCGGUCGAUGCUGGCAGCUUGCUGCUGUACUUCGGUAAGAUUGACCUGAGCAAGUGGAACGGUCCGGAAGAGGAUGCCCAGAUCCGCACGAUUCACAUACCGGCCCAGUAUCAGCACGAACGGUUCUUCAACGACAUUGCCGUGCUGGUGCUGAAGGAGGACAUCAAGUACAGCAACUUUGUCCGUCCCGUCUGUUUGUGGAACUUUGACGAUGACUACAAGACGCUGAUCAACAAGAUUGGGCUGGUGCCGGGGUGGGGUUAUAACGAACAUGGGUUGGUCAGUUCGAGGCUUUCCUUCGCCCAGAUGCCGGUGGUGGCGCACGAAACGUGCAUCUGGUCGAACCGGGACUUCUUCAGCAAGGUCACCUCGGACACGUCGUUCUGUGCCGGGUUCAAGAACGGUACCUCCGUGUGUAACGGUGACAGCGGCGGUGGCAUGGUGUUCAAGCACAACAACCUGUGGUACCUCCGGGGGAUAGUGUCGGUCAGUGCGGCACUGCAGGAUCGAUUCCAUUGCGACUCGAAACACUACGUCGUGUUUACGGAUGCGGCCAAAUUUACAUCCUGGAUCAGGAGUCUUAUGUAG